CAGCUCUCGCAGAGUAAAGACGUGCGCUCGAAAUUUGUGUACCACAAUGGAAAACCCGAACAUUCCUUCUACUGGGGAGGACCAGGAUCCGCAGAUCCAGGAGUUGCAGCCCCCCAGAGAAGGUGACCUCAUCGACCUGGGAAGCGACCUCUUCUUUCCUGAGGACCCACUCACCCCCCUCACUCCACAGGAGGAGAUGUUGGUGAUGGACGUGGAAGAUGAGGGGCCGCUUGACGAUCUCGAGGGGCUGAAGGAGUCACUGCAGGAGACGCCCCCUAGGGAGGCAAUCACACCAGACAGUGGGCGGGGUUCGGCACCUCCACCCCCCGCUGUCCCUUCACCAGCUCUCUACGUCGGUCCCUUCGCAGAGAUCGACGCUUUGCUCUCUCCAGCCGAAAGGCUGUGGCCCGGACUGACGGCUAGGGUUCAGCAGGCCGUGCAGAGAUUGGUUCCCCCAAAACCGGUCCUGACCACAAGUGCCACCCAAACGGAGAGGCCACCAGUAGAGGAGUCCUGGUCCAAUGUGGUCAGAGCACCAACACGCCCACAGAAAAUUCCUUCUUCUCGGGCUAAAGGGAAAGCCAACGAACACGCCUCAACCAACAUCAAGAAAAGGCUGAACCCACCUCUCCAGCCGGAUAUCUCAAGGGUGGGUGUGAUCCCUCGUUUGACACGCGAGAUUCCGCCUCCCCUCACCCCUCCGGGACCAGACGCCAAGGCGUUAAAGUCUCAAAGGAGGAGGGAGAGGAGGAGGAAACUCGCUGAGGUGGCCACCCGCCCCUGUUCCACCAGGAGCGACCAAGCCCUAAGCUAUGCUCAGGUAGCUGGUACCGCACCGGUGAAACCGCAGUCCUCAGCGAGUGGGGCAACCCAGGUUGCCACCACCACUGCUCUCUCGGGAAGUCAGCCAACAGGCUCGCCUCCCUCGCUUGCUCCCUCAGCGAAUCAGCCAACGGGUCCGACUCGCUCGCCAGCACUCUCAACUCCAACCCAGGUCAGUCAGCGUACAACUGGAGGUGUGGCCCCUUCCGGCAGGACCUCCCAGAGGUUCUGCUUCUACUGUCGGACCGCGAGUCACGCCUACCGCUCAUGUGAAAAGUACCUAAAUGACUUGGAGUAUUAUGGAGGUAAGCUACCGCCACACCUCGAGUUCUGCUUCGAGUGUGGACGACGAGGACGCACACUGAAAUCGUGCCCGAAUUGUCGCGAGAAGUGGAUCGCUCGAGGCCCCUACAUGCAAUCAGUAGGAACCAAUGUGCCGAGACACCAGCUCCCUAGUCGAGUGUCCACCGACACUCCAGCGUCAGCAAAUUUGGUGGCCACCAUCACGGCUGCCGUGCUGGCACAGCUCGGUAGAGAGGCCCCUGAGAGGCUCGGAGAGUACCCCGCUACUCACGAUGCCCCAGGACCCACCAGACGCCGACGUCGAGGGAGGAGAUCCGGUCGUAAACCGGCCGAGUGA